GCUCGGCCGCGCCGCCGCCCCCGCCUCCCUCCGUCCGCCCGUCGGUCCCUCCCUCCCGCUCCCGCUCUCCUUUUGUGAGUUAUAGCAACCGUUGCCUUGUGAGUCGAGCGCCAUAGUCACCGUAGUCCUGGCGACUGUUACCCAUCAACAACAGCCGCUCCGCUCCCGCUCCUGCUCCUCCUCCUCCUGCCGCUGCUCCGCACCCCCUGCCUCACCGUCACCCACCACAACAACAACAACAACAACCGCAGCCGCCGCCAGCAGCAGCAGCGACAGCGGGAGCGCCGCCGCAGCCCGCCCCGGCACAGAGAUCACAAUGCAGACAUCAGAGACUGGGGCGGAUACAGGUUCGACUGUGACUUUACAGACAUCUGUGGCUGGCCAGGCAGCAGUGCCCACACAGGUAGUACAGCAAGUACCAGUUCAGCAACAGGUACAGCAAGUGCAGACUGUGCAACAAGUACAGCAUGUCUACCCAGCCCAGGUUCAGUAUGUGGAGGGAAGUGACACAGUCUACACUAAUGGAGCUAUCCGAUCAACAACUUAUCCUUACACAGAAACCCAGAUGUACAGUCAAAACACUGGGGGAAAUUAUUUUGAUACUCAAGGAAGUUCUGCACAGGUGACAACAGUGGUCUCGUCUCAUAGCAUGGUGGGCACUGGAGGGAUUCAGAUGGGCGUAACAGGAGGACAACUCAUUAGCAGCUCAGGAGGGACCUAUCUGAUUGGCAAUUCAAUGGAAAAUUCUGGUCAUACAGUGACUCACACAACGCGGGCCUCCCCAGCGACAAUUGAAAUGGCGAUUGAGACACUGCAAAAGUCUGAUGGUCUGUCCACUCACAGAAGCUCUCUUCUCAACAGCCAUCUUCAGUGGCUUUUAGACAACUACGAAACUGCAGAAGGAGUGAGCCUUCCAAGAAGUACCCUUUACAACCAUUACUUGCGACAUUGUCAGGAGCACAAGUUGGAUCCAGUCAAUGCUGCCUCCUUUGGAAAACUCAUACGGUCAAUCUUCAUGGGGCUGCGGACCAGAAGACUUGGAACUAGGGGGAACUCCAAAUAUCAUUACUAUGGGAUUCGUGUCAAGCCAGACUCUCCUCUUAAUCGACUACAAGAGGACAUGCAAUAUAUGGCCAUGAGACAACAGCCCAUGCAGCAGAAACAGAGGUAUAAGCCUAUGCAGAAAGUGGAUGGGGUUGCAGAUGGCUUCACAGGAAGUGGUCAACAGACAGGCACAUCUGUUGAACAGACUGUAAUUGCCCAAAGUCAACAUCAUCAGCAGUUUCUAGAUGCRUCUCGAGUACUGCCAGAGUUUGGAGAAGUUGAAAUAUCUUCUCUGCCAGAUGGUACUACCUUUGAGGACAUCAAAUCACUACAGAGUCUUUAUCGAGAGCACUGUGAGGCAAUACUGGAUGUGGUUGUUAAUCUUCAGUUCAGCCUGAUAGAAAAAUUGUGGCAAACUUUCUGGCGCUAUUCUCCUUCUGCUCCACCUGAUGGCACUCCUGUUAAUGAACCAAGCAAUCUGAGUGAAAUAGAAAGUCGACUUCCAAAAGCAAAGCUGAUUACUCUGUGCAAGAAUGAGUCUAUYCUGAAAUGGAUGUGUAACUGUGACCAUGUGAUGUACCAGGCUUUGGUGGAGAUUCUCAUUCCUGACGUCCUUAGACCUAUUCCUAGUGCCUUGACCCAAGCCAUUCGCAAUUUUGCAAAAAGCCUUGAAGGUUGGCUUUCAAAUGCCAUGAACAAUAUUCCACAGAGGAUGAUACAAACCAAGGUUGCCGCUGUAAGUGCCUUUGCCCAGACUCUGCGAAGAUACACAUCUCUUAAUCACCUGGCUCAAGCAGCUCGUGCUGUGCUUCAAAAUACUUCUCAAAUCAACCAGAUGCUCAAUGAUCUCAACCGUGUUGAUUUUGCCAAUGUUCAGGAGCAGGCUUCCUGGGUGUGCCAGUGUGAUGACAACAUGGUUCAGAGACUGGAAACCGAUUUCAAGAUGACUCUUCAACAGCAGAGCACUCUGGAGCAGUGGGCUGCCUGGCUUGAUAAUGUAAUGAUGCAAGCGUUGAAACCGUAUGAAGGAAGACCCAGCUUUCCUAAAGCAGCACGGCAAUUUCUGUUAAAAUGGUCUUUCUACAGCUCAAUGGUGAUUCGGGAUUUAACCUUGCGCAGUGCUGCUAGCUUUGGCUCUUUUCAUCUGAUCCGCUUGCUUUAUGAUGAAUACAUGUUUUACUUAGUAGAACAUCGUGUUGCUCAGGCAACAGGAGAGACACCUAUUGCAGUUAUGGGAGAGUUUGGUGAUUUAAAUGCUGUGUCCCCUGGAAAUAUGGAUAAAGAUGAGGGCAGCGAAGUUGAAAGUGAAAUAGAUGAAGAGCUGGAUGAAAGUGGAGAACCACAAGCCAAGAGGGAGAAAACUGAGCUAAACCAGGCAUUCCAGGUGGGCUGCAUGCAGCCAGUGCUUGAGAGUGGAGUACAGCAGAACCUCCUGAACCCAAUUCAYAAUGAGCACAUUGUUGCAACUACUCAGACUAUAAGACAAUGCAGUGCUACUGGAAAUACAUAUACUGCAGUCUAAUGUGAAACCUCCCCUGGCCUCCGACACACGCCCCAUUGCAUUAGCCGCUUAGGUUUAUUAUGAAAAAAAAAAGAAAAUAAGUCUGAAGGUUGACUGUUGUCAAAUGUAACUGUUCUGAUCAUUAUUUUGUUGGAGUUGUUAAAUGGAAUGGGUGUAUGUAUUUUGCCAGGUCUGUUUAAAAACAAAAAAAUUUUUGUAAACUAAUCAUUUUAUGUUGGCCGCUUGAUAGGAAGAGGUUUCUUUGUAUCAAAUGCAAGGAAGAUUUUUGCAAAGUUUAAUAUUAAUGUUUUGUCCUCAUACAAUAAUUUAAUUUUUUCAUAGUUUAAAAAAUAUUUUAAUGUUAAUUAUUAGUUAUGCUGAUUUCAUAUAGAUAGGUUUUUAAUUAGAUGCACUUCUGUGAAAUAUCAAAAGAACUAUUUUCUUUGAUUUACACUGGAGGCAUACUUAUUUGACAGCAGAUGUAUCAAAUUUGUUAUAAAAGGUGCUUUUCAUCGUACUACGAGAAGACACUAUUUUGAUAAAAUUGUGAGUAUUCAGGGGGAUUUUUUUGUAAUAAUGCUGGAGGGUUGAGAAGAUCUCCUAGUUUCUUUCUGUGAGGAAGAAGCUAUUUAAAUGACAGAAUUGUAACAGAAUGUGGUAAUCUGUAUGGCAUAAAUGUACCUAAUUAUCUGAACAUGAUAUAAACAAUGCAAGCUUCGUUUAAAAUCAACAGUUUCAGAUAUUAUUUGCAUACCAGUUCCUCUGUUCUGAAGACUACUGAUUCUAUAUGUGAGGCCACUGAGCAAAUGCUUUUGGUUGUUCAGURGCACUGUAGUUGUUAGAAAUUGAAGCUAAAGAAGUGACUUGAUUAUUGUUAAUUUUAAGUGUAUGUGCUACUUAUGCUGAACUGGACAUACAGGAAAACAUUCCAUUUGGAUGACUUUCUUCUAUUCCAGGUCUUUUCCUACUAGUGGUUCAAUCUGCUGCUCUUAGAAAAGAUGAUUUAUAGAAUGCAAGGAAUGUAGCAACCUGCAUCAUUUUCCUUUCAAAAACAUUUCCUUGUUGUUAAAGUGGAUUUAAAUUUUUACAAAAAUUAGACAAGGCAGUGUAACUGGCACACCUCACUUGUACUUAUUCCCAAUUGUGUAUAAUUUGAAUAGGUGGCUAGAUGGACCAUUGCCAUUUAAGAAUGUACAUCAGGGAUCAUUGUACCUCGGCUAUUACAUGGUGCCUUAAACAGAACUGAAGCUAAGACUUAAUACUUUUUGUUAUUCUUAACUCUUAAAUUAAUUCAACAAGGUGUGCCUGUCAUUUUCAAAUUCCCUAAGAAGUAAGGACAGGUUACAUAGCCUUCAAAAGAAUAAAAAGAUUUUUUUAUUAUUAAAUGAUUUUAAUAUCCCUCUUAGAAUGACAAUAGACCUAUUUUUUCUCGUUUCUAGCUGGAUUUCACUUUAAUACAAAUAAAAUUGCUUGGGAAUUUGGAAAGCAAAACUAGCUUUAAUACCAACUUCAAAUGUCAAAAUAGAUUGACCAUAGUCUCAAGCAUGAUUAUAUAUUUUCUAAACCCUUGCCUACUUUUAAUUUUAAAAACUAAAAAGAAAAAAAUGAGCAGGUACAUAAUGCAGUGCAUGUUUUCAAUUUCUAUAUUUUGUGGUGUAUCAGCCAGAUACUACAUCUUAAGGGUUAAAUAAUAUCAGUUUAUAGAGACCAUAUUAAUUGACAUUAAAGAACUCGAGUUUUUCUUCACAAACAUUUCAUUAUGCAGACACAUGAAUUCGCUACACUAAAAUAAUGGAAUUACAUAAGAAAAAAAGCCAAAAAGUGAACAAAACCACAAAAAUAUCAACUUUACAGAAAAGUCUUUGAUAAAAAAUUACAAUUUUUUAAUUCUUGUUUAUCUAGUGUGUCUGAAAAUUACUUUAAAGUUCUACAUACCAAAUGGAAGAAGAGCAUGUAAAAUGGAAGUGUAUUUAUAGCAAACAAGUUUGUUGCUAGAGUUUACAUAUGCUCCAAAUACAGCUGCACAUAAACUAAAAUGUCCUAACAUUACUGGUGCACAAAAAUAAAUUUUAAUUCCUUUGCAGAAUUGUGGACCCAUUAGCUCAUUCUGUGUAGGCAUAAUUCCUACUAAUGUCAGUAGAUGGCUUUUGCCUAAGUAACAAGUAAAAGUGAGGUUUAUAUUCAUAAUUUCUAAACUCAUAAAUGCACUGAAUCUCAUUAUAGAUUUUGUUGUCACAUAUAUCGCUCAGUGUGUCCUGAUUUUUCCUUAGAAAUCAGCACAUCUGUACCCUUCACCAAAAAUGGUAAAACUAAGCUGUGAUAAAUAUUUACUCCCCUUCAUUGUGCAUUAUAAGAUGUUUACAAGUAAAAUAAAGUGAAAUAAUUCAACUUUUUUUUCAUUUUCAGCUUUUUUUUUAAUACUGUAGUACUUGUUUUAAUUUUUGUGUUGGUUUGUGUUUUCUUAUUCUUAUCCUUUAUUGGUUUGAUGUUGAAUUUGUUGUUGCUGAGAAAAAAGUACAAUUGUAAAACGUAAAUCUAGUUUGCUAAAUAUUGUGGGACUUCAGUAUCUUUCAUUAUUUAGCUCCCCACUCCACUCAGUUGUCACAAAGUGAAAAAAAAAAACUGGACAAAAAUCUGAAUACAAAAAAUGGAAUGUAUUUCAUAGCUUCUAAAAACAAGAAGUUGUCAAAAGAAAUUGGAAAUAUCCCAGGUUCAGAAAACUGACUGGAGUCUGUAUUCUUAUCUUUAAAUUCUGAAGAUUUUGCCAGAUUUUUUAGAGCAACUGUUUACUGUGUUGUAAACUUAGAGAUUUGGARGUCUUUUGUUUUGUUUUUUGCUGAAAUUUUAAUCAAACACUUAGAUAAAACAUUUUGCACACUCUUGCUGUUUAAUAGUUGGGUUUUAGUAACCAUUGAAGUAGAGAGAUAUGAAUACCUCAGUGUGUAUUCUGUAACAUGUAGUGUGCGGCUGCAUUGCCACACCAGCUCUGAAGACUGCUGUCAAUGCUAUGGAGAGGUGUAGCAUGUAUCCACAGGGUAGACAUUAGGAGAGUUGACAUGAUUUAUGUGUUUUAUCUAAUCUUGAAAUGGAAUCCAGAAUAAUUGUUUUAGAGUCAUUUCCCCCAUUAGCACAAAUAGCUCAGUGAAGAGUGUGGGGGAAGAAGUCUUGUUGAACUACCUUUUCAAAGCACAGGGCCCAAUUUUCAAAAGUUUUAUAUUUGUUAAAAUGUUCUGGUACAUUUUCAUCUUCCUUGUGGUAAAUCAGUUUUAAAAUAUCUUUUUUCCUUUUUUUCACUUUUUUCCUCUUGUACUGUAGCAUGUUCUAAGCACCUUCAUUUUUAAAAAGUUCCAUAAAGAUUUGGAAAAUAGAUGUUAAAUUAUUCACUUAUAAAAUUAUGAUUUACAGCAUUACUGCCUUUAGUUCAAAAAAUAAGAAAAUAAUGUUCUGUCAUUCAGGAAUGCAUAGGUCUAUAUACCAAUUUAGUUUAAAGCGAGGUAUUUUUAAAUAUCUGAAACACUUUUUCUUUAAACUUGUUUUCCCUAGGAAAAAUGAUCUGAUAUUUUUAUCAUUCUCACCAAUUGACAUCUGCACUGUUUAGAAACAAAACAUGUUAGAGAUGCACUGCAAUCCAAUUUAAUUCAGAAUGCUUUUACAAAACAAAACCAACCACUGAGAGCCAUAAACGUGCUGACAAAACCCCUAGAUUUAUUAGUAAUAUAAGUAUUCAACAAUAAUUUCAGAGUUCAAAAUACUAAUUUGAGAGAGCAAGAAUAAUUUCUGAAAAUUGGGCCCUUGUCAGASUAACAGGACAUGCUCUUUGUAUAUGGUUCAAAGCAAAUUGAUACAUGGCAUUCUAGUAUCUCUGCUAAUUUGUUUGAUGAUUUAACACUGACAAUAAAAACUGGAAUAGAAGCAUAAACACACAGUGCUUAAUUCUAGUAUUAGGAAAUUAAUUUGAUAUAAUGCCUUGCAUUAACCCUUUGAGCAUUGUAAGUAACAUGAUGGGGACAAAGAUUUUUAGAUAAUUUAAUUAGUCCACUGAGCAUAUACUUUGAAAUAGCUUAUAGUGUUGUAAAGUUUUUUUUAAUUAUGUCUAAAGUAAAUACUUGCAUACUAUAUGGGGAUGUUUUUUAUUAAUAGGGGGCUCAGUAGAUGUAGGCAAAUAUUCAUUGCCAUUGAUGUGUACUGUCUAAUAGAAAACAGUACUUCAGCUCCCUGUUUUCAUAUUUGCAUAUAUAUACAAAGAAAAUCAAACAUGAUUCUACAGAUAGGAAGUUGUCUACUUUAAGAUGCCUUUAGAAGAUAAAGGUUUAGAAAAUAUAUUCAGCUAUUUUGAAAAUCUGAGAUAGAUUAGUAUUGGAAUACUCUGGUACUGUAAAAGAGAAAUCUUUAGAAUUAAAAGAAGGUUUAGUAAUAAUAAAUUUUGCAGAAUAUUAGAUGUGUUUGCAUUGAAAUUUUUGGCAGUGUUGUGAGAAACAGGAACAAAAAGUGCACAAUUAUGGUGAUAUUCCUUUUAAAACUCAGUCACUGCGAUAAUGACUAGCUAGAAGAUGAAGGUGUUUUAUUAAAUUUCACAUACAAGGUACAGUUUGUUUAGCCCAUAUUGAAUGUCAGAACCUUAAAAGCAACCUAGAAAUUGCACGAGCAAAUAUUUUUAGAAGUCCCUUUGUUCUUACAGUUACUGUUUACAGGAACAAGGGAACAAGCAUAACUUACAGAUACUGAUGCCACCUUACUAAGUGAGAAUACAGUACAUUUUUUACUGGUUUCUUGCAGUAUCAGUCAGCAAACACUAAAGCAGCUGAACUUUUUAUGUUUAGCUGAAGGCAAAGARAAAGGAUACCAUUUUAAGUUAUUUAAGGGAAUUACGUCAGUAGUGUAGUGCAAGUAAGUUGUAAACAUUUUUAGUCAGUUAAUGCAAAUUAAUGCAUAAUUAAUUAACAUAAAUGCAAUACUCAAAGGGUUUUAAUUUAACAACUUUUUUUAUUCAUAAUUUACUGUAAAUGCUUCUGAGUUUGCAUGCCUUGAUCAUUGCUGCUAGUGAUUUUAUGUGCCAGUAGACCUGAGUUUAAUUUACCAAUUUAACUAAGAAAUAGUAAAAGCCACUUACAAAGUGACUGCCUAGUGUUUGUUUGAAGUAAAAUAUGCCUUAGUUUGAAAACUCUUCAUUUUAACUCUUCUUUUAUUCAGAUUUUUUUCCCUUUUCCUGUUGAAAAAAAUAAAUUGGCAUUUUGGGAUUGGAAGCCCUGAGUAGUUUAAUAUUUGGUAAGAAUUGUUCUUGGAGAUUGCUCAUUAAGGCUGAAAUUCGCUGUAGAAAAAAAGGCCCAGAAAAAGCCUAUGAGCAUCAAAUGAGCCUCACUUAACACUAAUUCAGGAAGAUGUUCUUUGUAUGUUCUUAAGCACUUUCUUGGUUAUGGUGCAAACAUCUUACAGGAAUUUUCAGUUCUGGAUUAAUUUUACUCUGAAAUAAUAAAUGUCUUUUUAGAAAUAAUGUAGACUUCAGAGGAACAACUUUGAAUGGAUUGGUUUUUAACAGGAACUCAGUUCAAUUCUUUUUGACUCACUGAUACCAGCAAAAGUUUUUUACACAAAAAAUACUUAAUGGGUUCCCCAAGUAAGGUUUCUUUCCGUACAAUAUUAAAGUGACUGCCUUGUAUUUAAACAUUAAAUACCCAUCUUAAAGUAACCCAGUAAAGCAAUUUAAAAAGUGUUGGGAAAAUACCACUUUGUACCAAAGCAAGUUGCCCAUCUCCACUCAUAUCCACUGAAAAUUUGGAUUUACAGUUAAUAACCAAUGAGGCUGUUAAAGAAACUUUGAGUGCCUUUCAAAAACUUGGAAAAUUGUGCCUGAGGUGGUAAACUUUAAUUAGGUUAAUUCUAGAGCUACCAAUCAGUAAUUUUAUCAUCACUCAGGGCUUUCGUACCUUCUAGGAAACUUCCUUUGUUGCAUUUAUUUUAUACUGUAUUUUUUUUAAGUGCCAUCAUUUAAAUUUCACUUAGUAAGUGGCAGAUUACAUUAUCCAGUCCCACAGCACAGAAACAUCAUAACACUAGGACACAUUCAAACUCUUAUUUUCCAGUUGACUGAAUAUAUUAUGUAAAUGAGGUAAGCAACUUUUUGUAGAUUGUAUGUGUGAGAUAAUGUAAUGUUCUUUUCCAGUUUUUGGGCUACAGUUGAAUAUACUUUUUAAUUAUUUAAAGAAGACAUCUUUACAGAAUAACGUGAUGGUUUUUUUUGUAUAAUGUAUUUGAUUUUGUAAAUACGUAUUUCCUGAUGUGAUUUUUGUGACAAAUGCUAAAUCUUUUAGUAUAUAAUGUCCUCUCAAAACUGGCAGGAGCUAAAUAAUAGUUUGUUGGCAAUUUGUAUUGUGUACUGUACAAUAACUGGGGACCUUUUAUAAUUAUAAAAAUAUAUAUUAACUUUUAGUGUGUUGUAUAAAAAAAUGACUGGAACAUACUAAAGACAGUAGGAUUUUUCUGAAUAUUUCAGACUUGAACUCAGGCUAGCUUUCUUGUGUUUUUCAAAACAAAAUUGUGUCUUGUCUUUUAAAAUCAAUAAAUUUGUUUU